ACAAAAAUAUUCUUAUAUUCAAUACACUAAUUGAUAACAAAGUAAUUUAAAAUUAAUAACAUUCUUAUCUUUUCUACCUUUUUUUUGGUGUGAUACAAGGCGAAAUCACUACCAAUAUAUACAACAAAGUUGGCGAAUCGACUGUCCAUAUACUCUUACUAAUAUUGCCUAUAUUUACUGCACUGAUUUUUAAAGGAGGUUAGUGCAAACGGAAAUUUUAACACAGUUUUGUAAUCAAAAAUCACUAACCGAAAUUAGGAUUAUAUUAUUUUUAGGUUUACUAAACUUUAAAUUAGGUCUAGAGUGAUAAAACUUUAAUUUACUGAAGUCACAGAGCAUUCCUAUUCUCAGUAAGCUGUUUUCCCAAUUGAAGCUUUAAUUAACAGUAUAUGUUGGUUAAUGCGCUUAUCGACUAAAAAACAUUUGUUUCCAAAAAUAAAAACACUCUCUAUUAUAAGUCUAUGCACAGAAGAAAUACUAUUUUUGCUGAACAAACAUUAUAAUUAAUUAUUACAAAAUCUUCUCCUAAGGUAAUUUCGUAAAUCUUAUCUCUGAAGAUUUUAAACCAGUUCUUUGAAGGUUUUAAUUUUUUUCAAUUUUUUUUUAAAUUCAGACGUACAACUACGCUUGAUAUUGUAUGUCAAGCAGUCAGCAAACAAUUUAAUUGAAAACUCUAUGAUCUCUGUUUGUGACAAGAACCAAAUCUUAUCUCUUUUAGGUGUAGUAAAUUAAUGUCAUCCGAAUGGGAAAAUCUUCGAUUUGUCACUACAGUGUUAAGAACUCUAUAAAAGGCCGAGGUGGGCCUGCUAAAUGUUAGUUGACUUUUUUAAGUUAUUAGUGACGGGGAACCUCUUUCAAAAUGCGAGGACUUUCAAGUUCUUUGAUCCUGCAGGCCAGUCUUCUGGUCCUGAUGGUCGGUCUGAGCACUCAAACGCAGUUUUUCAAUUCCACUCAGGACGUCUGCCGCCUUUUUAAGGAUGGAACGCAACUGCGAAAGCCUGGAACCUGCAAUGAAUGGAUUGAGUGCAAGAACUUUGUCACCGCUGAGACCGGAACCUGUCCUGAAAAAACGCCGUACUUCAGUCUUACCAAUAACAAAUGCUAUUCGAAAUCGGACACCAGUUACUGCGACACAAGUAAGUUAUGCACGGCAUCGACAAAGGGCUAUGUUGGAGAUACCUUGAACUGCGCCAAUUGGUACCUCUGCGAUGGAAAGGUUUUAAAGGGCCAGGGAGCUUGCCCCUCAGGCAUGUACUUUGAUCAAGAGAAGCAGAUGUGUGUCUACGCCGAGAAUACUGUUUGCACCGCCACCUUCGAGUGGUGCAACAUUGUGCCUGUGACCAAAGUGGCAUUCCGCGACGAGGCCAACUGCAACAAGUACUUCACCUGCACCAAGAAAUUCGUUCUGGAGCCGCACACCUGCGAAACUGGCAAAUACUUCGACGUGGCCACAGGUACUUGCAUCGACAGCAAGCUCGUCGUCUGCGAUAGCCAUCCAUUGCCGGAGAACGUAUGCGGCACCAAGAAACUGGCCGUGCGCAACAAGUUCGUAUCGGACGGGGCCACCUGCCGUGGCUACUACUACUGCCGGGAUUUGGGCUCCGGCGUCCCCGAUCCCGACCCCAUUUUCCAGCAGUGCAACGAGGACACCUUCUUCAACCAGGAGCGUCAGGGGUGUAUGCCCCGCGAGAGCCAGAAGUGCACCUUCGAUCGGUGCGAUGGCCGCCAGGAUGGCUUCGAGGUGACCGAGACGGACGGAUGCCACAACUACGUCGAGUGCGUCGAUGGCCGGGAGGGUACCGUCUUCAGCUGCGAGAAUGAGUACUUUAAUGUUGCCACCCAGAAGUGCACGGCAACUAAAACAUCCUACGAAGCAUGCAGUGCUUAGUGGCCAAGGUCAUGCCAUCUAUUUGAUAAAAUAUAAUAAUUAAUGCAACCAAAAAACGUA